GUAUUCCUCAACUGCUUAUUUUGUGAGUACUGGAGUCAUGCUGUAAGUAUUUACAUGUAUUUGAUUGCCUAUUUUCAAGGUACAGGAAAUUAUCUGUUGGAUAUGGAGCAGCAGCUGCAGGCAAAUAACAUUCGUAUAAAAACUCUGGAGCAGGAAAACACCACCCUGCACACCAGCCUUGUGAAACUGAGGGACAGAGCACAAAAUAAUGCCUCCAGGGAAGCCUCACCUCAGCAGGCAUGGAGCGUCUCUCUGCCCAGCACACCGGUAGAAAAACAACAACAUCACCUGACACAAAUGCAAAAGAGUCCAUUGCAGAGCAGCAGCGCAGCAGGGCUGGGAUACAGUAACAGCAGGAGGGAAGCAAGGCGAGGGGAAAGUGGUCUGGAGUCAGCCGGGUCAGAGGAUCGUGUGUCCGCUGCCCCCGCCUCCCCCUCAUCUCUGCAACUUCACCUACAAACACUCCACCUCAACACAGGCUCCACUGCUUCUAAAAGCCACACAAAAACACGCAGUGGGUCUUUCCUCUUUCACUCCAGAAGCUCGAAUCAGAAAAAAUAAAUAAAACACUGAAUAUGUAAAUGUUUGAGAAAGGACAGUUUUUUGUGAAGAUGUUUGGCAACUACUACGUGACUCAUAAAAUAAAUUUUCGUUGCAUGCAUUGCAUUAACCUUUGUAAUUUUAUAUUGUCAUUGUGCACUUAGAACAGUUGAUUGUCACAGUUUGGACUAAAUUUCUCAUUAUGCUCAGUUUAAUUUAUAUAAUAAACUUACUGUGGGUGU